AUGUCCUCUGCACAUACAAAAGAUCAAAGUUUUGGUGUGAUUGAAGUGUUUUUGGGGUUACAGGUGCAUGGAAUGCUAUCACAGAUGGACCCCGCAUUGGUGAGUUAUUGUGAAAAAAUAGCAGAAAACAGGGGCCCACUCACUCUGCCUGAAGAAAUUGGUGGAUCUGUUCAUGUUGCUCAGAUGGAAACAAAAACCAUGACAAGGGCAAGUUCUCGUCUAAGGAAUGUCCAACAAGAAGUCAAUGUGGAUCAGAGCUAUGAAGUCACAGCUGAAAUGGGGGCCCACUCACUCUCCCUUUUCACUAAAAUAGAACAACAACAUAAUUAG